CAGCAGGCUCCUUGGGGUGAAAGGAAAUCCUGCCUGAAGCCACCACUUACGGCAAGAUGUCCUUCGAGGGCGCCAGGUUCAGCAUGAGGAGCAGGAGGAACGGCACUCUGGGCAGCACGCGGACCCUCUACUCCAGUGUGUCUCGGAGCACGGACGUGUCUUACAGUGAAAGCGACCUGGUGAAUUUUAUUCAAGCGAAUUUUAAGAAGCGGGAAUGUGUCUUCUUUACCAAAGAUUCCAAGGCCACGGAAAACGUGUGCAGAUGUGGCUACACACAGAGCCACCACAUGGAAGGCACCCAGAUCAACCAGAGCGAGAAAUGGAAUUACAAGAAACACACCAAGGAGUUUCCCACAGAUGCCUUUGGGGAUAUCCAGUUUGAGACGCUGGGGAAGAAAGGCAAGUACAUCCGCUUGUCCUGCGACACCGACCCGGAAACCCUCUACGAGCUGCUGACCCAGCACUGGCACCUGAAAACGCCCAACCUGGUCAUUUCCGUGACGGGAGGCGCCAAAAACUUCGCCCUGAAGCCGCGCAUGCGCAAGAUCUUCAGCCGGCUCAUCUACAUCGCGCAGUCCAAAGGUGCUUGGAUUCUCACGGGCGGCACCCAUUACGGCCUGAUGAAGUAUAUCGGUGAGGUAGUGAGAGACAACACCAUCAGCAGGAAUUCGGAAGAGAACAUUGUGGCCAUUGGCAUAGCAGCGUGGGGCAUGGUCUCCAACCGGGACACCCUCAUCCGCAACUGCGAUACUGAGGGGUGUUUUUCAGCUCAGUACAUCAUGGAUGACUUCACGAGGGACCCUCUGUAUAUCCUGGACAACAAUCACACCCACCUGCUGCUUGUGGACAACGGAUGUCACGGACACCCCACGGUCGAAGCCAAGCUCCGGAAUCAGCUGGAGAAGUACAUCUCUGAGCGCACGAGUCCAGAUUCCAACUAUGGUGGCAAGAUCCCCAUUGUGUGUUUUGCCCAAGGAGGUGGAAGAGAGACUUUGAAAGCCAUCAACACCUCCAUCAAGAGUAAGAUCCCUUGUGUGGUGGUGGAGGGCUCGGGGCAGAUCGCCGACGUGAUUGCGAGCCUGGUGGAGGAGGAGGACGCCCUGACGUCUUCCAUGGUGAAGGAGAAGCUGGUGCGCUUUUUACCCCGCACAGUGUCCCGGCUGCCCGAGGAGGAGACUGAGAGCUGGAUCAAAUGGCUCAAAGAAAUUCUUGAAAGUUCUCACCUGUUAACAGUUAUUAAAAUGGAAGAAGCUGGGGAUGAGAUUGUGAGCAAUGCUAUUUCCUAUGCUCUAUAUAAAGCCUUCAGCACCAAUGAGCAAGAAAAGGACAACUGGAAUGGGCAGCUGAAGCUUCUGCUGGAGUGGAACCAGCUGGAGCUGGCCAGCGAUGAGAUCUUUACCAAUGACCGCCGGUGGGAGUCAGCGGACCUUCAGGAGGUCAUGUUCACGGCUCUCAUAAAGGACCGGCCCAAAUUUGUCCGCCUCUUUCUGGAGAACGGCUUGAACCUGCAGAAGUUCCUCACCAAUGACGUCCUCACCGAGCUCUUCUCCAGCCACUUCAGCACCCUCGUGUAUCGGAACCUGCAGAUUGCCAAGAACUCCUACAAUGACGCCCUCCUCACAUUCGUCUGGAAGCUGGUUGCAAACUUCCGAAGAGGCUUCUGGAAGGAAGACAGAAAUAGCCGGGACGAUUUGGAUGUGGAACUCCAUGAUGUGUCUUUCAUUACCCGGCACCCCCUGCAAGCUCUCUUCAUCUGGGCCAUUCUGCAGAACAAGAAGGAGCUCUCCAAAGUCAUUUGGGAACAGACCAGGGGCUGUACUCUGGCAGCCCUGGGAGCCAGCAAGCUUCUGAAGACUCUGGCCAAAGUGAAGAAUGACAUCAAUGCCGCUGGGGAAUCAGAGGAGCUGGCGAAUGAGUACGAGACCCGCGCAGUGGAGCUCUUCACGGAGUGCUACAGCAGUGACGAGGACUUGGCAGAGCAGCUGCUGGUCUACUCCUGUGAAGCUUGGGGCGGAAGCAACUGUUUGGAGCUGGCGGUGGAGGCCACAGACCAGCAUUUCAUCGCCCAACCUGGGGUGCAGAAUUUUCUUUCCAAGCAAUGGUAUGGAGAGAUCUCCCGGGACACCAAGAACUGGAAGAUCAUUCUGUGUCUGUUUCUCAUACCCUUGGUGGGCUGUGGCUUCGUGUCGUUCAGGAAGAAGCCCGUGGACAAGCACAAGCGGCUCCUGUGGCACUACGUGGCCUUCUUCACCUCCCCGUUCGUGGUCUUCUCCUGGAACGUGGUCUUCUACAUCGCCUUCCUCCUGCUCUUUGCCUACGUGCUGCUCAUGGACUUCCACGCGGUGCCGCACACCCCCGAGCUAGUCCUGUACGCGCUGGUCUUCGUCCUGUUCUGUGAUGAAGUGAGGCAGUGGUACAUGAACGGGGUGAAUUAUUUUACCGACCUGUGGAACGUCAUGGACACGCUGGGGCUGUUCUACUUCAUAGCGGGGAUUGUAUUUCGGCUCCACCCUUCUAAUAAAAGUUCGCUGUACUCCGGCCGAGUCAUUUUCUGCCUGGAUUACAUUAUAUUCACCCUAAGGUUGAUCCACAUUUUCACUGUAAGCAGAAAUUUAGGACCCAAGAUCAUAAUGUUGCAGAGGAUGUUGGUCGAUGUCUUCUUCUUCCUGUUCCUCUUUGCCGUGUGGAUGGUGGCCUUCGGGGUGGCCAGGCAAGGGAUCCUGAGGCAAAACGAGCAGCGCUGGAGGUGGAUCUUCCGCUCGGUCAUCUACGAGCCCUACCUGGCCAUGUUCGGCCAGGUGCCCAGCGACGUGGAUGGUACCACGUACGACUUCGCCCACUGCACCUUCACCGGCAACGAGUCCAAGCCGCUGUGCGUGGAGCUGGACGAGCACAGCCUGCCCCGCUUCCCCGAGUGGGUCACCAUCCCCCUGGUGUGCAUCUACAUGCUGUCCACCAACAUCCUGCUCGUCAACCUGCUGGUCGCCAUGUUCGGCUACACGGUGGGCACCGUCCAGGAGAACAAUGACCAGGUCUGGAAGUUCCAGAGGUACUUCCUGGUGCAGGAGUACUGCAGCCGCCUCAACAUCCCCUUCCCCUUCGUCGUCUUCGCCUACUUCUACAUGGUGGUGAAGAAGUGCUUCAAGUGCUGCUGCAAGGAGAGGAGCGCGGGAUCCUCCGCCUGCUGUUUCAGAAAUGAGGACAAUGAGACUUUGGCCUGGGAGGGUGUCAUGAAGGAGAAUUAUCUGGUCAAGAUCAACACAAAGGCCAGCGACACCUCGGAGGAGAUGAGGCAUCGGUUUAAACAGCUGGAUACAAAGCUUAAUGAUCUCAAGGGUCUUCUGAAAGAGAUUGCUAAUAAAAUCAAAUAAAAUGGCAUGAACGUGUGUGGAGAAAAAUCUAAUUAUGUCAAG